ACUACCCCUUUAAAGCGGCUUUCUGAAGUGAUCGUGUAAUGUAAUAUCUUUAUUAAUGUAAUAUCAUUUUGUAAUACAUUUCUUUUUUUAAAGGUGGUGGAAAUUCAGGAUUGCUGUCAUUCAAGAAGUUAUUACUGACCACAUCUCUACCCCAUUGAUGCAGUGAGCUACAAAAUACCUGAAGAAAAAGGCACUUAUCCUGGAGUUCAAAUAAAGAAAUCCUGAACGAAGGUCGAAAUGACUGAGAUGAAGGAAACCAAACGUAUUUCAUUCCUUCAAGACUGCUGAAGUCCCUGUGAUAGACAGGGAUCGGCACUUCCUCAUCAAAAAGAUCCUGGAUAAUCUACCUGAUGAACAUCUACGUCCAGCCCUGAAUCACCUACCUGUGUCGGCACGGAGAGAACAACGGCAACCUGGUGGGACAGAUGGGCCGUGAUACAGGCCUCUCGCUGCGAGACAGACAGGGGGAUCAAGGCGACCAGGGUCCACGGAUGGUCUUCCCUAAGAUAAAUCAUGGCUUUCUUUCUGCUGAUCAACAACUCAUUAAACGUCGACUUAUUAAGGGUGACCAGGGUCAAGCAGGGCCCCCAGGACCUCCUGGGCCUCCAGGCCCCCCAGGCCCAAGAGGACCCCCUGGGGACACAGGAAAAGAUGGUCCUCGGGGAGUUCCAGGGCUCCCGGGAGACACUGGAAAUCCAGGGGACAUCGGUCAAAUGGGACCUGAAGGCCCUCCUGGACAGAAGGGUUCCAAUGGGCCACCUGGUUUUCCAGGUAUCGAUGGAAUAAAGGGAGACAUGGGAGAGCAGGGGCCAAAAGGUGACACCGGAGAGAAGGGUAAUGCUGGAUCCUCUGCUGCUGGAAUUAAGGGUGAGCCAGGAGAGCCAGGACGUGAAGGACAAAAGGGUGAGCCAGGACUUCCAGGGCUGCCUGGACUCCCCGGAAUUAAGGGUGAACCUGGAUUCUUUGGGCCUCAAGGUGAGCCUGGGCUUCCAGGUCUGCCAGGAACUAAGGGAGAGAGAGGAGAACCUGGUCCUUCUGGCAAGGGUGAACGUGGUGAGACAGGUCCUAUAGGGCACAAGGGAGAACAGGGGGAACCAGGAGCAUCAGGCCUAAAAGGUUCAAAGGGGGAUCCAGGAGACAAAGGUGGUGAAGGCCCAACAGGAUCACAA